GCUUUGAGCUGUGAGAAAGCAAAGCAUUUACAUGAAAACUCGCCGUGGGCAAAAGGUUAGAUUCUCAAUUACUUGUUAAAUAAUGGUCACUACUUUAUGAACAAAGCAUAAAGGAGAGCGAGCUUUACGAUCGUGGGAUUAAUUGGCGAUGAAGCAACUUGAAUCUGAUCCAUUGGACUUUGAAUCUGAUCCGUUGGACUUUGAAUCUGAUCCGUUGGACUUUGAAUAUGAUCCAUUGGUAUAUAAGACAGCUUUUGAAUCCAACGGGCUAUGUACGGUACGUCUCUCUCUGAUCGGAGCUGUAGUUCUAUUGACUAAUUUGACGUUCAUGGGGUUUUCUCGAUACUUUCUGAACCAGGAAGAGGAACAUUGUUUUGAAGCAUUGAUCCUUUGUUCCAUUAUCACGCCAAGACAGCGCUUGGCAGAAUGUGAUUGUAACCGUCCAAGCUCACCGCUAACAGAUCAGGCUUCCCCUCUCUUAUAAGGAAUGUUUCCCAAUCGACAUGAGAUCUCACAGUAAUUCAUUCGGUUUCAAAAGAAUAUCAAAAGAAGAAAUCUAAGUUAGAAGAGUUUACUAACCGAUGGUUGUGGUUUUGGAACGGUCGGAGGAGUGCGACGCAGCGGCCAUUCGCUGCUUCCUUAACCUGAGAUCAUCUAAGAGCUUCUGAGCAAAAUCUGAUCUCUUAGCCAUGUGGUUGGGAGCUCAAGCUAGCUUC